AUGGGUGUCGAAACUCGACGCACGGCAGCUGGUGGGCGACACAAAAAAACGACUCCACCAAUUUUUAGCCACGAAUUCGUAAUUCAGAAUCAUGGGGAUAUCAUGAGCUGUGUGCUGAUGGUAUUCAUCGUUGGUCUCAUGUUCCCGCUGUCGGCGUCCAUGUGUUCUGUAUUCGUUGCUCCUCAAUACAACGAAACUGUGAACGUUACAUCCGAGCUAGGUCCAGUUAGCCUAACCUUGUACCGCAAUGGUCCAGCGGAUAUUUUCACUAUCUUAUUCUAUGCUGUGGCCUGGGUAGUGGUACAUGCCGUCAUCCAAGAAUAUAUCCUCGACAAACUGCAGAGAAAGGCUCGUCUGUCGAAAGUGAAGACGUUUAAGUUCACAGAAUCAGGUCAUAUGUCACUAUUCGCGCUCUACUCUGCUUGCCAUGCUGCAUAUGUUAUAAUGGAUUUUGUGCAAAAUUACACUGAUGUGAAAAGGAUUUGGCUGGGAUACCCUGAUGAACAUCGUUGGAUGAAUCUCAACAUGAAGCUGUUUGCCAUUCUUCAGAUUUCGUAUUGGAUUCACCAGUUCCCUGAGUUUUAUUUCCAAAAGAUGAAAGCUGACGAGAUUAGACAGCGAACUUUCUAUUCCGUUCUUCACAUCUGCUUCAUUGGAGCUGCAUACAUUAUGAACUUUAUGCGGUUCGCCGUUGUGCUUUUGGCUCUAGAGUACAUUUCACAAACUCUUUUCCAUUUCUCUCGACUUCUUCACUUCCUCGAAAAGAAAGACAUUGCCAAAAAUGGGUUUACGCUGUGGAAUGUCGUUUUCCUCAUCGUCCGCUUAGCCUCCUCUGUACUAACAGUUAUGACAUUCUGGUAUGGUCUACGUCAAUCUGAAUCAGCAUACAUAGAUGUAGCAAGUGGCAACUACAACACCGCCUAUGUUCGUUUGAAUUGCCUUCUCGUUGUUCUAUCACUGCAGUUGAUCCAAUUAUGGAACUUCACAAGCUUCCACGUUGGACGAUUCAAGUAA